AUGAGCACCACCACCUCUGAUGACUACUACGAUCUAGGCACGUACCACCGACCCAUAACGACAAACAGUCCUGAGGCGCAAAAAUGGUUUGACCGCGGCUUGAUCUGGAGCUACGGCUUCCACCACGAAGAAUCGGCAGAUUGUUUCCAGAAAGCCAUCUCCCUCGACCCAGACUGUGCAAUGGCAUACUGGGGUCUUGCAUAUGCCCUGGGGCCCAACUACAACAAACCAUGGUCAUUCUUUGACGGCGUUGAGCUCGAAUCGACCGUGUCCCGUACCCAUGCGGCCAUCGAAUCCGCCCUGUCGAAAUCCAAACAUACCACCGCCGUCGAACAAGCACUCAUCAACGCCCUCGAGUUUCGAUAUCCUCAAGGCAAGCCCGCCUCUGACUGCUCUAUCUGGAACGCACCGUACGCGGACGCCAUGAGCGCUGUACAUGCCCAGUUCCCUGAUGACUUGGAAGUCGCCACGCUCUGUGCCGACGCUCUUAUGAACCUCACACCCUGGGCACUCUGGGACCUCCGGACCGGGCAGCCCUCGCCGGACGCAAAGACGCUCGAGGUCAAACGGAUUCUUGACCACGCCCUUGCCUUACCCGGCGGCUCGACCCACCCCGGUCUUCUCCAUCUGUACAUCCACCUCAUGGAAAUGUCGCCCACGCCCGAACGCGCCAUGUCGUACGCCGACAAUCUGCGCAACCUUGUCCCAGACUCAGGCCACCUCCGCCACAUGCCCAGCCAUCUCGACAUAUUGUGCGGCGACUACCGCGCGGCGAUCGCGAGCAACAGUGCCGCCAUGGUCGCCGACAAGAAAUACACCGCCCGCGCCGGCCCGCUGCACUUUUACACGCUCUACGUGACUCACGACGCACACUUCCGACUAUAUGCGGCGCUGUUUUCCGCGCAGAAACAGACCGCGCUCCUGACGGCGCAGGCCAUCGAGGACAAUCUCCCCGAGAGUUUGCUCCGCGUGCCCUCGCCCCCGAUGGCCGACUGGCUCGAAUCGUUCGUCGGCAUGCGCGUCCACGUCCUGGUGCGGUUCGGGCUGUGGGACGACCUCCUCGCGCUGCCGCUCCCCGCCGACCAGGACCUCUACUGCGUGACCACGGCACUCGUCCACUACGGCAAGGGCAUAGCGUACGCUUCGCUCUCGCGCACCUCGGAGGCCACGGCGCAGCAAGAGCUGUUCCUCUCGGCCGCCGCCCGCGUCAAGCCCACGCGCACCCUCUUCAACAAUACGGCCACCGACAUCCUGGCCGUCGCUCGCGCCAUGCUCGCCGGCGAGAUCGCGUACCGCGAGGCGCGCUUCGACGAGGCCUACGCACACCUCCGCCGCGCGGUCGAGCUGGACGACUCGCUGCCCUACGACGAGCCGUGGGGGUGGAUGCAGCCGCCGCGCCACGCGUACGGGGCCCUGCUGCUCGAACAGGGCCGCGUCGCCGACGCCGCCCAAGUGUACGCCGCCGACCUGGGCUUCGACGACUCCCUGCCCCGGCCGCAACGGCACCCGAACAACGUCUGGGCCCUGCACGGCUACCACGAGUGUCUUGUCAAGCUGGGACGGCGCCCCGAGGCGAACAUCCUCAGGCAGCAGCUGAUGUAUCACGUCGCAUUGGCCGAUGUGGAGAUCAAGUCAUCCUGCUUCUGCAGGUUGAACACUGACGACGCUAUCGCGUAA